AUAAAACAACGAAGAAGAAGAAAGUGAGCAUGUCCACUUGUUCGCUGUAAAUAGCCUCUAAUUUGAAACACACUAGUAAAAUAGAUGUUAUUCAGUUGCUGAAAGUGAUCGUAUGAAACAAAUGGUUAAAACAAACAUUCUCUUGUAGACAAACUCUAAAUAUUUCGUCGGACUGGACGUCAGAGAGUGUCAUGAGAGAUCGUUGCAUCAGCGACAAUAUUAUUAUUAGCUCGUGAAUCUCAAAAUUUGACAGAUAUUUGAGAGACAAAGUGCUUUCAACAUGGAGGAAAGAGAACUGGUGGAGUAUUUCCGAGGGCAGAUCAGAGAAGAUCCGGAUGUGGCUUCAGCGGUGGCUGCGAUUCGAUCACUGCUUGAGUUCCUAAAGAGGGAUCAGAGUGAAACAAUUCUGGGCCUUAGAGAGAACAUGACUCAGGCCAUUCACAGACUGCAGGAGGCUGAUUCAUCCGUCGCCGUGUCAUCUGGAGGAGAAUUAUUCCUGCGCUUCAUCAGUCUCACAUCACUGGAACAUCCGGAUCUCUCCCAGUGUAAGAAUGUGAUGAUCGAGCGAGGUGAACUCUUCCUGAAGAAAAUCUCCCUCUCCAGGGGGAAAGUGGGUAAACUCUGCCAUACCUUCAUCAAAGAUGGAGCUAAAAUCCUGACCCACUCCUCAUCUCGAGUGGUCCUGAAGGUUCUGGAGAAUGCAGCGGCUGAUAACAAACGCUUCACAGUGUAUGUGACUGAGUCACAGCCUGAUUCAGCAGGUAAACUCAUGGCUGAAAAACUCCGCAAGCUCAGCAUCCCAGUCACAGUAGUGCUCGACGCUGCAGUCGGGUACGUCUUGGAGAAGGUGGAUCUGGUGAUUGUUGGUGCAGAAGGAGUUGUGGAAAGUGGAGGUGUUAUAAACAAGAUCGGCACCUAUCAGAUGGCUGUUUGCUCUAAAGCACAUAACAAACCUUUUUAUGUGGUGGCAGAGAGCUUUAAGUUUGUGCGACUUUAUCCUCUAAACCAGCAAGAUGUGCCUGAUAGAUUCAAGUAUAAGGCGGAUGUGCUGAAGAAAGCGGAGGAUCUGAAUCAGGAGCACCCGCUGAUCGACUACACUCCUCCGUCCCUCAUCACUUUACUCUUCACAGACCUCGGUGUGUUGACGCCGUCUGCCGUCAGCGAUGAGCUCAUCAAACUCUACUUAUGAUCGUAAUAAUCAUGAUUAUUGCUGUUUAUAAAGCAUUUCAAUCAUA